AUUGUUGAGUCAUGAUUCUGCUAACUAACUCAAAGUGAUCAAAUGUUAUCAGUUAAUCCAAGGAGUCAAGAAUGUUGUUACACACAUGUAAAGGUGCGUGGAUGCAAUAAACCAGCAUCAUGUUGAAAGGUUUUACGACCCGUUCUUAUCUCCGUCAGUCCUACCACCUCUGACGUCCGUCUGGGUGGACCCUCUUUGAAAUAGUCGCUCGGCUAAAAGAAGCCCUCCUUAUAGAACCUGGAAGCUGCUCUGGAAAGGUCUCGCAUGUGCCUAUAUCACUGGUUAUUCCUGACGUUGACCGGGACGUAUUCUUGCCAUGGCCAUCUCUUCACGUUUGAUGGUCCUCUGGGUUCUACUGGUCUGUUCAGUUCACGAUGUUUGCUCACAAUCCAGUGAAAGCACAAUAACUGAGUUGUCAACUGGGUCUCUUGGUACUAGCUUGGCACCUAACACAACGCCUGAAGAGACAUCUGAAGAUACAACAAAUAGAGUAACCACUGAGCCCCCUGUUUCACUGACAACUGAAGCCACUAUGCAGACGUAUUCCACAGCUCAAGCAGUGUCAGGAACAUCUGAGGCAACUGAUACUCGCAUGACAACUGAUGCAGGUACUUCAGGUGAUCCCCCAACAACUGUAUCUGAUGCCACAACGGCAGAUAGAACCAGUCCUACUGGUGGAAGUACUCCAGUACCCACUGAAAACAGCACACCAUCUAAUACAGAAGAAACUACUGAUCCUGACAUUUCAGCAAAUACAGGGACCACCUCCCAAACCCCUUCCACAACUCAAGCAGUGUCAGGACCAUCAGAAACAGCUGUCACUGAUGCAGGUACUUCAGGUGAUUCCCCAACAACUGUAUCUGAUGCCACAACGGCAGAUAGAACCAGUCCUACUGGUGGAAGUACUCCAGGACCCACUGAAAACAGUACACCAUCUAAUACAGAAGAAACUACUGAUCCUGACAUUUCAGCAAAUACAGGGACCACCUCCCAAACCCCUUCCACAACUCAAGCAGUGUCAGGACCAUCAGAAACAGCUGUCACUGAUGCAGGUACUUCAGGUGAUUCCCCAACAACUGUAUCUGAUGCCACAACGGCAGAUAGAACCAGUCCUACUGGUGGAAGUACUCCAGGACCCACUGAAAACAGUACACCAUCUAAUACAGAAGAAACUACUGAUCCUGACAUUUCAGCAAAUACAGGGACCACCUCCCAAACCCCUUCCACAACUCAAGCAGUGUCAGGACCAUCAGAAACAGCUGUCACUGAUGCAGGUACUUCAGGUGAUUCCCCAACAACUGUAUCUGAUGCCACAACGGCAGAUAGAACCAGUCCUACUGGUGGAAGUACUCCAGGACCCACUGAAAACAGUACACCAUCUAAUACAGAAGAAACUACUGAUCCUGACAUUUCAGCAAAUACAGGGACCACCUCCCAAACCCCUUCCACAACUCAAGCAGUGUCAGGACCAUCAGAAACAGCUGUCACUGAUGCAGGUACUUCAGGUGAUUCCCCAACAACUGUAUCUGAUGCCACAACGGCAGAUAGAACCAGUCCUACUGGUGGAAGUACUCCAGGACCCACUGAAAACAGUACACCAUCUAAUACAGAAGAAACUACUGAUCCUGACAUUUCAGCAAAUACAGGGACCACCUCCCAAACCCCUUCCACAACUCAAGCAGUGUCAGGACCAUCAGAAACAGCUGUCACUGAUGCAGGUACUUCAGGUGAUUCCCCAACAACUGUAUCUGAUGCCACAACGGCAGAUAGAACCAGUCCUACUGGUGGAAGUACUCCAGGACCCACUGAAAACAGUACACCAUCUAAUACAGAAGAAACUACUGAUCCUGACAUUUCAGCAAAUACAGGGACCACCUCCCAAACCCCUUCCACAACUCAAGCAGUGUCAGGACCAUCAGAAACAGCUGUCACUGAUGCAGGUACUUCAGGUGAUUCCCCAACAACUGUAUCUGAUGCCACAACGGCAGAUAGAACCAGUCCUACUGGUGGAAGUACUCCAGGACCCACUGAAAACAGUACACCAUCUAAUACAGAAGAAACUACUGAUCCUGACAUUUCAGCAAAUACAGGGACCACCUCCCAAACCCCUUCCACAACUCAAGCAGUGUCAGGACCAUCAGAAACAGCUGUCACUGAUGCAGGUACUUCAGGUGAUUCCCCAGCAACUAUACCUGCUACUACAGCUGAAGAUGCUAAUCCUACUAUUGGAGAUACUCCAGGAACCGCUGAAAGUAGCACACCAUCCAACACAGAAGGAACAUCUGAUCCUGAUACUUCAGCAAUAACAGGAGUCACAUCACAAACCCAUUUGACUACUGAAGCAGUGUCAGAACCAUCAGAGACAUCUGGCACUGGAAUGACAACUGGCUCAGAUACUUCAGGUGAUUCCCCAGCAACUGUACCUGUUACACCUGAAACCAGUCCUUCUAGCGAAGGUACUCCAGGGCCCACUGAAAGUAACACAGGUGGAACCACUGAUCCUGUUACAUCAGUAAUCACAGGAGUCACAUCACAAACCCCUUUGACUACUGAUGCAGGACCAUCAGAGACAUCUGGAAUUACAACUGAUGACACUGCUACAACAUCUGGCACUGCUGGAACCACUGUUCUUUCACUGUCAACUUCACUGACUGAAGCUCCAAUAGUUACACAAAAGUUAUGUCAAAAUGGUGGAACUCUCACUGGAAGUGUUUGCGUAUGUCUUCCUCAAUUCAAUGGGACUGAAUGUCAAGACUUUGUUGCAGAGACCACACCAGGAUUGAUUAAACGCCCAGUAAAGGUCCAAAUGGUGUUGGAGGAAAAAUUCAAUGACAAGUACAAUGACAAAACCUCUGAAGAAUACAAGGAAUUUGUUAAGAACUUCACAGAAAAAAUGGAUAAAUAUUAUAAGAGUAAACUAUCACAACCGUUUGAGAUUGUGGUCACAGAUGUAAGACGAGGAGGCACCUUAAAAAAACGGCCAGACAGCACUGUUAAAAAGAUUAAGAUCUCCCUUAGAGAAACCCCUCAAGACUACAGUGUUAAUGUCACCCAUGACGUAGUUCUGCAACUUUCAAACCAAGGGAACCAAGAGAAAUAUGAAGAAGAAUUUAAAGCGAUUAAAAACGCCACUGAAGAACUGAAGAACUGCGAAGAUUGCGGUUUAACAGUCUCAGCAACCGAGGUGGAAACAGCUGAGAUAGACCUGGCAGAACAAUGCCAACCAAUCUAUGAGGGACAUGUUGUAAAUGAUCUUAUCGUGUGUUUGAGUGCGUGUCAUUUAAACCAUUCAAACCACAAAGUCUGCUUCAAUGAUGGAGAAUGCAAGGUGUUAGUUGAACCGGUUUGCCAGUGUAAAAAUAUUGAUACAUUCUGGUACCUGAGAGAUGAUUGCAGUCAGCCUUUGCAUCGGAUUGGUUUGAUUGCUGGCGUAAGUGUAGUCUUGGCCGUUCUCCUGCUGUUUGUGGCGGGCCUGACUGCAUUUUCUGUGUUCAACAAACGCAAGCAGACCAAAACCAAGGACCAGAAAAAAAAGCAGGUCAAUUUGUACAUGGAAGAAGAGGUUGAAUGGCCGCGCCCCAACAGCCCAGCAGGCUCCAACAAAGCUGGUUACAACAAUCCCUCGUACUUAGACGAUAACUCCGGCUACGCCAAGCGCCAGACACCUCCCUACCGGAAUUCUCCUCCGCCUUCCUAUUUUGGGAGCAGACCGAUGACGCUGUCCGACGGACCGACCCCCAUGCCCCAAACGGGCCAGUGGCCGGCCAACUCAGGGUACUCUCGGCCUGCCAGCUCAGACCAGAAUCAGGGCGACAUCCCGCUGAACCAACUGAUGAGGAUUCGCAGGCCUCAGGUUAGGUCCUCCUGGGACGCCUGAGCCGCUGGAAGACGCCUCCAGAAUCAAAGACAAUUCUCUCAACGUCCUUUAAAUAUUAUUGCUGCCUCACUCAAGUAUUUAUAUUAACAUUUUUGACUGUUUCUGAACUGUGUCUUCCAUUUGUGUGUAAUGAACUGCAACAACCCCUGUAGAAACUCAAUUUAAGGUUGUACUGGUGGGGUAGCGGUUAGCACUCUCGCCUCACAGCGGGGUUCAUGUGUGAGGUUUCUUCCCACAGCCCCCAAAAACAUGCUCCAUAAGUUGAUUGGUGACUGUUUGUGGCCCUUCAGCAAUCUGGUGAUUUGUACCCCACCUGUACCAAGGAUAGGCUCCAGCAACCCCAUGACCCCAAGAGGGUUACAGUGGGUUAAGUGGGAAGGUUGAAGCGUUUCCUGCCAAUACACUACAAACCAGCUGAUGAUUUGUUUAACCCUUUAACUCCUGAGCUCCAGUGUUUAUGUCACAUGAGUCAAAGUCAAGGCCCGGGGGCCGGAUCCGGCCCUCCAGGUAAUUCUAUUCGGCCCUCCAGAUCUUUUUAUUUUAUUGUU